UCGCCUGUCACGGUAUAGACAAUCUUUGGUUGCAUCCUGCGCAUGCGAUAUAGCGCCGCUGUCAUGGCUCCGAAUACAAACAUAAAGCUGUGAAUCGAGACCCUUUAUUCCCUAGUGUUUAGUCAGACUAACUACGAGUGCAUUUUAACUGUCACCCAGGAGAAGCGACAGGUAUUCUGGAGCACCAUGUCCGGGGGAAACAAGGCCGUUGAGUUACAGCUUCAGAUGCGGCAAAACGCGGAGGAUCUCCACGGCUUCAUGAGGGAGCUAGAGAGCUGGGAGAAAGACAUCAAGAAGAAGGACGAGGAGCUGAGGACAGGGGGAGUCCAGGAGAGUCAGAAAAAGCUCCCACCCGUGCGCAACAGGGACUACAAAACCAAGAAGAAGAAGAAGAGGAGGAAGGAGGUCACUAGCAACGGUGACACAAGAACCGAGGAAUCCAAGCAGGACUCAAGAAUAAAAGCAUACGACUAUCGAUCAUGGGACAAGUUUGACGUGGACAAGGUUCUGGCUGAAAUGGAUAAGGAGGAUUGUCCCGCAGAGUCAAAUGAGUCGGACUCGGAGGAGGCUGCGGUCGAUCAGGAGAGAGCACUGGCUGAGAAAGAAAAGGGCAACAAGUUUUUUAAGGAUGGGAAUUAUGAUGCUGCCAUUGAAUGUUACACCAGGGGGAUGGGCGCUGACCCUUACAACCCAGUGCUUCCCACAAACAGAGCGACCGCCUUCUUCAGGCUCAAAAAGUACGCAGUGGCAGAGUCCGACUGCAACCUAGCGAUCGCUCUCAACACUAAAUACUUCAAAGCGUAUGCUCGCAGAGGAGCGGCUCGGUUCGCACUGAAGAAACAUGAAUCUGCCCUAGAAGAUUAUGAGAUGGUUCUGAACCUCGACCCUGGGAACUUGGAAGCACAGAAUGAGGUGAAGAAAAUCAAAGAGGCCCUCGGACUUCAGGCGCCUGCUGUCCCGGGUGAAGCUGUGCAGACGGGGGAGGCUCCUGCAGCCGAUCCCAAUCAGCAGAGACUGAUGGAGGAGCAGCAGAGGAGGCAGGAGGCAGUUGUCCAGAAAGACAGAGGGAAUGCUUACUUCAAAGAGGGAAAGUAUGAAGCGGCUGUAGAGUGCUACACAAGAGGAAUGGAGGCCGACGGCAUGAACGUCCUUCUGCCCGCUAACAGAGCCAUGGCCUUCCUCAAGCUGGAGAAGUAUAAAGAAGCUGAAGAGGACUGCACUAAAGCCAUUUCCUUGGAUGGUACUUACUCCAAGGCUUUCGCUCGCCGAGGCACAGCUAGAGUGGCCUUAGGGAAACUGGAGGAGGCCAAACAAGAUUUUCAGCAGUUGUUGAAACUGGAACCGGGGAACAAGCAGGCCCUGAAUGAACUCCAGAAACUCCAGAUUGACACGGCCUCCAGUGGGCUUUUGCAAACAGAGGAGGACUCGCGGAGGAGAACCGUCCAGCCGAUAGACAAACCAACGCACCUGCGCUCGACUAAACCUCUGAGGAGGAUUGACAUCGAGGAAGUCAGCGGAAAGGUGACGGUGCCUGAGGAGGAAUCUAGUGGGUCCAAGACCCUUGUCCAGGAGGUGGUGAAGAAGGCUGAUGACGGAUCUUCUCCACUGUCUACAUCCCCCAGCGCCAAGAUGAUCAAAAUUGAGGAGAUAUCAGAUGUCCCCUCGCAUGCAUCUGAACAAACCCCAGCUAGCAAAGAGGCAAAACAACCAGUUCAUCCCCCUGAACCACCAGCCAUACCCUCCUCCACAGUGACAGACCUGCCUCCUCCACCCGCCAACAGCUUCCAGCUGGAAGCCGACCUCCGCAAGAUCGGGAAAGAGCCCGAAGUCAUUUACAGAUAUCUACGGCAAAUCAAGCCAGAAGAGUAUGUUAAGCUUUUCCAGAACUCCCUAGAACCUCACAUCCUCAAUCAGAUCCUGAUGACACUGCAUGGCUUCUAUAUCAAGAAUGAAGCCCCGGCCGUCACACUGGAGACCCUCAGCAUUCUAGCAAGCGUGCGGCGCUUCAACAUGGCCGUUAUGUUCAUGUCGUCCCUGGAGAAGAAAGUACUUAAAGAGCUGUUUGACUUUCUUCACCAAGCCGACCUGGAUGGAUCAGCUGUUGCAGCCUUGCAGAAGAAGUACGGCGUCUGACACUUGAAUUUAAGGCGUAGGUGCAAACUCAACACACUAGAGAUUUCCAAUCCAACUAUUAGGAUAUAUUCUAAUAAUCAAUAAAUAUGCAUUCAUCUCACCUCCUUAGAAUUGGACGAAUGGACGAACUGUAAUAUAUCAGCAUGGUCCAGUUGGGCUUUAUUUUGAAGUUGAAUAAGUGGUUCCUUAAAUCCAUUAACAGACAAAAAAAAAAAAAAAAAGACUAGUGGCAUACUUAACACACUGAGUUCAAGGUUUUUAAAAUGAGACUUUAUUUUUUAACCUGACACAUAUUUUACCGGGCUACUCAGUAAAACAAGAAGGACAUUUUCUAUGAACGGAUUUCCAACUUUCUGCCAUCUUAAACUCAAUGUAAAAGUAUGAAUGGGUCUAUGCAGUGUUUUCUUCCCGUUCCUAGACCUGCCAAAUAAAUCCUGCACUGGGCUAAACUGGCGUAGACUGUGCGAGAGACGAAUUUGUUCAGUCUUUUUGGUCAACUAUAAAUAAAGUUGUAUUUUGUAA